AUGUGUUUUAUGAUUGAGAAUGAGUAUGGGCCACAAGGUAAGGCACUUGGAGCUGCUGGUCAUCAGUACAUGACUUGGGCUGCAAAUUUGGCGGUCGGGUUGGGUACAAGAGUUCCCUGGAUUGAGAAUGAGUAUGGGCCACAAGGUAAGGCACUUGGAGCUGCUGGUCAUCAGUACAUGACUUGGGCUGCAAAUUUGGCGGUCGGGUUGGGUACAGGAGUUCCCUGGGUAAUGUGCAAGGAAGAAGAUGCCCCAGAUCUAGUGAAUUCAUGGAGGGAUGGGCUGCAUACAAGUAUAACCUCCCAAUACUUCCCCGGUAUAAAUAAUCAUAUUGCUUUAUACACUGCUAACACGUAUUACAGAAAUUUGGUAUCGAACUAUGUAAUUUAUGUGUGGAUCCUAUCACAAGGAGAAGGAAUGAAAGGUAAGGUUCUCUAA